ACUCCACCCUUUGGCACACAGAGAGGAGGGAGGUAGCAAUAGAUUAGUGGUAAUAGGAAGAUAAGCAGCAACAAGAGUAUUCGCAGCAUGUAAAUAUAUUGCCACCGAUGAACAGCAACAAGAAACAUCUCAUCCUGGCCAGCUGACGAUGGGGACAGCACUGUUUUUACAUGGAAUACUCUUUCUUGCCAGUCUUAAUGGAAUUCAGCCACUGAAAAUAUGCUCCUUCAAUGUGAGAACAUUUGGAGAAGCAAAAGUUGCUAAUCAAGAAGUCUUGAACUUGCUUGUGAGGAUUAUCUCCCGCUGUGAUCUGAUGCUAAUUAUGGAAAUCAAGGAUUCCAGCAACAGGUCCUUUCCUGUGCUUAUGGGGAGCCUGAAUCGAUCACCAUUAAACUACAGAAAUUCAUUCAGUUACAUCAUCAGUGGGCGUCUAGGAAGAAAGACCUACAAGGAACAAUAUGCUUUUAUUUACAGAAAUAACCUAUUGUCUGUGAAGAAAAGCUACCAAUAUCCUGAUAAUCAGGAAGGAGAUGAAGAUGCUUUUGCAAGAGAGCCGUUUGUCGUUUGGUUUUCAUCUAUUCGUACAAAUCCACGUGACUUUGUCAUAAUCCCUCAACACACGAGCCCCGAAUCGUCAGUACGUGAAAUUGACAAGCUGUACGAUGUUUACAUGGCAAUGAAAUGUCGCUGGAGAGCAAAGAACUUCAUAAUUAUGGGAGACUUCAAUGCAGGAUGUGACUAUGUUCGAAAGAAGCAUUGGGCAAACAUCCGUCUGCGAAAUGACUCCAAUUUUAACUGGCUCAUUGGAGACAACAAUGACACGACAGUGAAAGAAAGAACAAACUGUGCAUAUGACAGGAUUGUAAUGCGUGGAGAAAGAUUAAUCCAAUCCAUUGUUCCAAAUUCAGUCAAUAUAUUCAAUUUCAAAGAAGCCUACAAAAUGACUGAAAAUGAGGCGUGGGCUGUGAGUGAUCACUUCCCUGUGGAGGUAGAACUUCAAGAGGAUCAGAGCUUCUCCUCCAGACUUUUUUCUCUCAGACGAUAAAGCCAAAAGCAUCAGCUUCAUUGUGGCUACACUACUUUUUUAAUGAAUUUUGCUUCUGUAGCCAUCAUCAAACUCCACCACUUUACCAUGAGGCCACCAUUUUGUGAAACAAUUACUUAGUUUGAAAUGCUAUAUGAAAUCUGUGUAAUUCGAGGAAGGCAGCAACAUUCAGAUCUGCUCCCAUCAACAUAUUGCUCAAAAACUACAGUUACUUGCAUGUGUAUAGCAACAUUCAAGUAGAUAAAUGUCUCUGAAUGUUUUUCAGAGACACUGGCAGAUGACUGAGUCAAAGAGAUAGGUGCUCAGAAGAAUUUUCAAAAACAGAGAGGAGGGUACAAAGAAGAGAUUUAGAAAAAGGGUUCCCGAGAAUGGGGACAAGGUGGCUGAAGGCUCCUCAUCUAAUCAUCAUCAAUUAUAAAUAAUAGUGGAAUAUAAAAGCCGGAUAUGCCAGUAAUAUAAUGGGAUGAAAAUUAUGAUGUGCUGAGUUAAUUAACACAUUGCUGAAAAUGCACCUUGUUGAUAAUUAACUAAUUUACAGCUAAACAAUUGCCAACAGGCUGGCAAAGCAAAUUGUGACCGUUGGCCAGUUGACAACAACUAGCAUUUAUAUAGCACCCUUCACGCAGGAUAGCACCUCAGGGAGCUUCAUAUCGAUUAAGAGGAUGCUUGGCAUCAAGGCUGAAAUAAGAAGUAAAA